AUGAACAAAAAGCCCAAAGUCUUUGAAAAAACGAUUGGAAAUCGCUUAAUUUACACCAAAAUCAACGGAGAUGCUCUAGAAAUUCCCAAAAGUGUCCCAAAGGAAUGGUACAAGUUCCAGCCACCGAAUUUACCAGUAAUUAGACCUCACCAAUGGCCAGAGGUAUUAUCAACUGAUAAGGAAAAGGAGUGUCAUUAUAUGUAAGUAUUUGUGUUACAUAAGAUAUAAGGUGAUAGUAUUUGUGUUUACAAGUGACAACAUGGCCUGAUUUUUUACAGACUGUAAAUUACAGUAGCUAAACUUAUCCAAAACUUUUUUUACGCAAGCCAAAAAGUAAAGUAAAAAUUUUAGUGCGAAGUACCAUGGAGAACCAUCACCAAUGGGGCCAAACAUCUAUGGCGGACUAAUUUAUGCCCAAGCAUUGGCAGUAGCUCAAAAAGAAGUUGACGAGGAAUUUUGGCCAACCAGCUUUCAUGGCUUAUAUGUUGGACCAUGUAAGUAAUGCCAAUAUAGUGAAAUUUUUUUUUUCAGUUUUUUAACAUUCGACUUUCAGCUAAUACUCAAAAACCUAUGAACUAUGUGGUGAAACGUCUUCGAGAUGGAAAAUCUUUCUCGGCACGGUAUGUAGAAGGAUUACAAGAUGCUAAAGUGGUUUUUUCUGCGUUGGGAAACUUUUAUAAAGUAAGUUUUGAUAAGAUAUAAAAAAAUAAUUUAUGCUCUCAUUGACAUGUAAUAUGGUAUGCCAGAGUAUGAUAGGGUAGCGCGUGGUAGGGUGGAUUGGAUCUUUACAAUAUCGUGGAAAAGCUUUAUAAAAUCAAAUUCUCGCGCGUAUUUUACCUAAGCUACUAAAAUUUUACAGCCAUACGACCCAAGUAUGAUUCAUACAACUAAAAUGCCCGAUGUACCAAAGCCAGAAGAGUGCCAUGAAAUGUACGCAUUCAUCAAUGAUUCACUAGAAAGACAUGAAAAUGGUCAAGAAGUAUUGAAAGAUAGAAUCGUUCAACAUUUACAAAGGCGGUAUUUUGACAAGGAGACCAAUACUGUUGAGGUAAAUUUUAAAAUAUCUAAAUCUUAUAGUGUUUAAAAUAACAACAUUCUGUUUUAAAUUUUGAAUUUUAAUUUUUUGUUCAAUAAAAAUAUUAUUUUAGUUCAGAUUUGUCAACCCUCGGCGUUACUUCUUCCUAGAUUCCUACAAAAACGUGCCAGUUCAGUACUGGUUCAGAUCAAAAUUGCCGUUAAAUGACCCAAAGCUACCAAAGAUUAUUCACCAAAUUGUGAUCAGUUAUGUGGCUGAUCAAUGUAUGGCAUCGGGGAAUGUCGGACCACAUUUAAGCCACGGCCACGAUGCUGCAGCGGCUACAAGUUUGGACCACACAAUUUGGUUCCACAAUUUUGACUUUAGGGCUGAUGAGUGGGUUCUUAUUAGUGCUCAGAGUCCUAGUGCUGGUGAGUAAUACUAUAUACGAAGAUUAAUCCUACCAAACCGUACCCUACAUUAAGCAAUCCUGCCCUUCAUUAACUAACCGCUAUUCCCCUAUCCUAUAACAUUAAGCAAUCAUAGAAUUCCUUAUCCUACCCUUCAUUAGCUCCCCGCUAUUGCCCUAGCCUACUUUAAUGUAACCUUUAUCCUACACUACAGUACUCUAGUCUGCCCCAUUAUUCACCAAAUAUUAUUUUAGACAGUGGUACAGCCUUUGGCCAUUGCUCGAUCUGGAGCCACGAUGGAAAGUUCAUUGCUUCCGGAGGUCAAGAAAGUAUGGCCAGAUUCAAAACCAUGUCCAAAUUGUAA